GGGAAAUAUCGUAGCAGUCCCUAAAAUCAAUGAACUCGAAUAUAAAAGCCCAAAACCAAACCCCCCUUCUCACUCAUUCCCUCUCUCUUACUAACUACUUCAGUGCCCCAAAUAUGCAAUUUUCAGCGUUCUGCUAAAAGUUAGGGUUUAAUCGCUAAUUUAUCUCAUACAAUUUUGCAGUUUUCCUUCUAAAUUCUCACAAACAAUGGAUGAUGUGUUUGAAGAUGAUAAUGAAAAGGAGACCUGCACUCUCAAUGAGUACCUGGAUGACAUCGAAGAACGCGAAAUGGAAGCUGAAAUGGUCUUGGGUGGUGAUGAUGGAGAUGAGUGUACAUACUCGAAAGGUUAUUUGAAAAGGCAAGCCAUAUUUUCAUGUUUGACAUGCACUCCUGAAGGAAAUGCUGGAUUUUGCACUGCAUGUAGCCUUUCUUGCCAUGAAGGACACGAGAUUGUGGAGCUAUGGACCAAGAGAAACUUUAGGUGUGAUUGUGGAAAUUCUAAGUUUGGCUGCUUCAUCUGUAAGCUUCAGCCAAGUAAGGACAUAGAAAAUGCGGAGAACUCUUAUAACCAUAACUUCAAAGGUACAUACUGUACUUGUGAUCGCCCUUAUCCUGAUCCUAGUGUUGAAGAGGAGGAAGAGAUGAUACAGUGUUGUGUAUGCGAAGAUUGGUAUCACAGGGAGCAUCUUGGUCUCGAGUCCUCUGAAAAGAUUCCCGUGAACGAGGAAGGGGAGGUUUUAUACGAGGAUCUUAUUUGCCCAGGAUGUUCAGCAGCUUGUUCUUUCUUAGCCUUUUAUCCCCAGAACAUCUUUGUUGCUCCUAGUAAGCAUGAGGUGGUUGCAAAUGAUGAAAAAGGGAAAGGAAUACUAGAAGAGACUUCAUCUACCUGUGCCACCACUGUCAAAAUAAUGGAUACUAGCUGUGACCACUUGAAACCAUGUGAUGGUGGUGAUAUUAAGCCUGGGAAUAUAUCUAGUAGCGAGAAGUUGGUUUCAGCAGAAAUGCCUGAGAAAGCGUUGAGCUUGAAUAAAUGCAGUCAAGAUGGAAGCUCGGGUACUUCUUGUCAGCUUGGUUUUGAUAUUGGGGCUGCACCACCACCAGUGGAAAGGAAAAAGGGUAUAUUCCUUAUAAAGAACUGGAGGGAUACCCUCUGCCGAUGUGAAAAAUGUUCUAAUUUCUACAAACAGAAGCGUGUCAGUUUUCUGAUUGACAAGGAUGAUUCAAUUGCGGAGUAUGAGAAGAGGGCACAGCAGAGAAGGGAAGAAAGGCUGCAGAAACAGGAGGGUGCCUUCAAUAACCUUGGUCAUGUAGAAAAAGUGGAAAUUAUGAGUGGCAUUGUGGAAAUGAAAGAUGAGAUGGAUGCUUUCUUUGCAAAUCGUGAUGCAUCACAGGCAGUUACGUCUGCUGAUAUUUAUGAACUAUUUGACAACCUCAAAAGGAAACGCCGCCGUGAAAUGUAAGCAGUGUCGUAGAUCCCUGUAAGUUGGAUGUUAAGUUAUGCUCUAGCUUGUUUUAUAUAGUUGUGUACUUGUGAGACCUCUGAACCUUUCUCGGUGUUUGGACAAUGUUCGGAUGCAGUUUGUGCUUACUUUGUUUCUCUGCACCUUGAUUCAUCGUCAUUUAUGUGUAAUGGCAUUUUUAUGUAUGGCAUUUCUCAUGAACUAUUUAGGUUGUCAUCAA